AACUUAAGCUUCUUUUUUGACACGACGUUCCUUUUUACGAAUUCACAUAUUAUUUCAAACUUCCUGUAUUUCUACACCAUGGUCACUUCUUUAAUACACGCGGCUUAGUUAAUUUUCUUCCAGCCGCGCACUCUCCUUACUUCUCUUCUUGGUAGAAGUUGCAUAUAGAAGGCCAAUGGCCGCACCAGAGCCGUACACGACGCGUUAAUUACUUUCCCCCACGGUCCACGGUCCACGGUCCACGAUCCACCACCCACGAAAUAUGCCCUCCCGGAAUACCCGACCAAAACCUCCCACCACCGAAUACAAGAACAUCGCAGCAGAAUGGGCUCGUGCAAAACGACUCAAGAAGGACGGCGGCCCGUCUGUGGAGGAAUACCACCGCAUAGCUCUUGAAGUUAACCGAAAAAGAGCUUUUGGACGUCGAUGUCUCUGGACCGUAGGUUUUUGGGUCUGGUUGCUGUGUAUACACAUCGUUGGCAUAUUGCUCUUUACUAGCGGCUUCCUCUUGACCAGGCUGGUUCUGGACGAACGAUCAGAGUGCGACAGCCCACCCAUUGAGCCUUUGCUGGAGUGGAAAGGGAGCGGCUCUAUAGAGGGUGGCUGCUGGCAUCCUAAGACCUUUAAUAAGGCUGUUGUGGUUCUGAUAGACGCUUUGCGAUACGAUUUCACAAUUCCAGUUGAGGACAAGGAUACCGCAGCCGUGUAUCAUAAUGCGCUCCCCUUUCUCUACGAGACUGCGGUCCAGUCACCAGAAAACGCAUUUUUGCGACCAUUCAUUGCUGACCCUCCAACCACUACUCUUCAGAGGCUGAAAGGUCUAACGACCGGGACCUUACCUACAUUCAUUGAUAUGGGAUCUAACUUUGCCGGGACGGCUAUAGAGGAGGAUAAUCUACUAAUGCAAUGGAGAGACCAAGGGAAGCGAAUCGUUCAUUUAGGAGACGACACUUGGACCGCUCUGUUCCCUGGCUACUUCCAACCAAAUAUCAGCAGAGCCUACGACAGCCUUAACGUCUGGGAUCUCCACACAGUGGAUAAUGGCGUGAUAGACCACAUAUUUCCAUCGUUGAAAUCCGACCAAACGCAGCAAUGGGACAUUCUUAUAGGACACCUUCUUGGCGUGGACCAUGCUGGCCAUCGAUAUGGACCUAACCAUGCCGCUAUGACUGCCAAGCUUCAGCAGAUGGAUAGUUUCAUCCAAGAUCUUGUGAAAGAGAUCGACGAUGAAACGUUGUUGGUUGUUAUGGGUGACCAUGGUAUGGAUAGUAAGGGCGAUCAUGGCGGCGAAAGUGACGAUGAGGUCGAGGCAGCUUUAUGGAUGUACUCGAAAAAGCCGGUAUUCGGCCGCACGCAACCCGAGUUUAAGACACCGCCAGCGACGGCAAAAAUCAGGCCAGUAAAUCAGAUCGAUCUGGUUCCAACUUUGGCUCUUCUCCUAGGUAUUCCUAUACCGUAUAACAACCUUGGCCGGCCUAUCGAGGAAGCUUUUGCUGGUCUUAAAGGAAAUGCCUGGGACUAUCUGGCUGCUGCUUCCAGCAUCACGUCCGCUGGGAUCAGGAGAUACCAAGCAUCCUAUUUCAAGGCUCGCGGUAUUGAACCAAGCACCUUACCCGGAUCUCCCGCAUCACUUUGGAAUAAUACCGAAGCACUUAUCCAAUCAACCACCAAAUCGAAGCCGUGGAAAGAAGUAUAUGAUGCUUAUACUGCUUACCAGGAGGUGACUUUAACUCUGUGUAAAGAUCUCUGGGCUCGAUUUGACAUUCCAAAGAUGGUGCUAGGUCUCGUGGUAAUGGCGAUUGGUGUGGUCACAUUAUUGCUCUAUGUAUCCAGAGACGAAGACGAAGAUUUUGCAGUCCUAGAUGAUGUCGAGCUAGACUUCGCGGAGAAGAAUCUGGAAUUACAAGGUUCAACGGAGCCGGAGGUUGCAUCUUACAAGAACCUGACUAGGUCGCUCGUCAAGGCGGGGCUUUCAGGUGGUGGAUUAAUAGGGGUUCUCAGUUUUGCGCUCGUUAAGCUCACAGAAUCCGAUGAGUGGCUAUUGGCUAUCGCCGCGGCUGCUAUUGGAAGCAUAAUUGCUGUGGCUAGUAUUCUACUCAAGAUACGUGGAAUACACAUACUCAACCUCCUACCAAACACUUCUUGGGGAUGGUUGUCUGUUAUAUUCACGUUAAGCCAGUCUAUCGGCUUUGCCUCCAACUCGUACACGAUAUGGGAAGACUCAAUAUCAUUGUUCUUCCUUUCAACGUUUGGUCUUGUAAGCGCCAUCUCCGCGCUCCAACGACCCUCAAUUCGUGACCGAACUCUGGGCGUUUAUCACUCUGUCUUAUUUGUCGUUCUUGGACGACUAGCUUCCUUCUCAAAACUCUGUAGGGAUGAGCAGAUGCCCUACUGCACAUCGACAUACUAUGCCUCCGCCAACUCUUCUACAUCAGCCCCCUGGCAAUUAGCCAUCCCUUUCGCCGUGUUUCUUAUUCUCCCGUCUAUAAUUAAAUCAUACAUGCAAACCUCGCGGUCAUACGAGGGUCUCGCACCCAUCUGGGUUGGCUACGUUUUCCGAACCUGCCUCUUCCUCGCUGCCGUCUAUUGGACUCUCGACGCCGCAGACAACGGAGGCUGGAUUACGUCGCUUUCGGAGAAGAUGCUCAAGACUAUACACGUUUCCGUCGCCCAACUAGUCCUAGCACUGGCCGUCGUGGCCGGCACCACAGCAUUCGCCUGGGCUCCCCCCUGCGUCUCCAUCCUCACGACGUCAAAGAACACCCGCACAGCUCAGGUCACCAUCCUCGGGUACGGCAACGUGAACGGGGCGCGGUACCUCUUUCUCCCGCUCAACAUCGCGUGCGCGUGCAUCCUCCUCUCGAAGCCGAUGGGCGGCGGCGCCAUCGCCAUCAUGCUGUGGCAGAUCCUCUCGCUGGCCGAGAUCGUCGACCUCAACGACCUGGGGGCCGAGACGGUGGGGCCCGUCGCGCUCGCGCUGCUCGGCAACUUCCACUUCUUCAAGACGGGCCACCAGGCCGUGCUCGCCUCCAUCCAGUGGGACAGCGCGUUCAUCCCGCUCCUCACGAUCCGCUACCCGUGGAGCCCGCUCGCGGUCGCGCUCAACACGUUCGCGGCCCAGAUCCUCGCCGCCGCCGCCGUGCCCCUGCUCGUCCUGUGGAAGACGGGGCCCAGGCGCAAGGGCGUCCUCGAGAGCACCAGCCGCGCCCUCGGCGCCUUCGUCGCGUAUUAUGCCGUCGAGAGCUUGGCUACGAUGGCUUGGGCCGGCUAUCUCAGACGCCAUCUCAUGCUGUACCGCGUCUUCAGCCCUAGGUUCAUGAUGGCGGCUGCGGUGCUGGUCGUUGUUGAUCUUGUGGGCAUUGUGGUUGCGAUCUUGGGCGUGCGCACGAAUACUUUGGCUAUUGGCGAGGUGUUCGGGCUUGCGGAUUAGGUAGGGAGUGGGGAUAGGGGAUAGGGGAUAAGGAGGGGAGGGGUAGGGGUGGGGGGUAAGGGCUAGGGAGUAGGAAGAGGAUGCGGAUGAUGUGAUUGUGGAUGUCAACGCAAGUCCGAACGGCGGGUGACAAAGGAGAGAAAGAAAGGGAAAGGAAAGGAAUUCGUGUCUAUAAUUCUACGUUUGAUCAAUCGAUCAUAGGAUAGGAAAUGGUGUAGAUAAAAAAAGAAAGUGUUUCAUAUGUUGCAAACCGUUCCGUAAUGCGUGUGUCAAUAGUGAUUGUCUGUUAGAUCAGAUCGUAUGAUGCGAUGGCGAGGAACUGGUACGUAAAUAGCAUGUACGCUUCCAUAAUUUGUAUAUUCACGAUCUCAUUGAAUGCUACCUACUAAAUGCUAUAUGUACCUAACUAACUACUCUAUCACAGACAGUCUAGUUUGCUUUACAUAAAUGCA